AUGUCCCAAUUACUCUCACCCAUAGCCCUCCGGGCCUUACGGACUCUCGUCAACCGCCCUGCGGUUUCAUCGCCCCUCUGCCGCACCAUCACCACAUCACCCGCUAUCUCCUUCUCGAAACAAUCCCCCAUCACCUCCCGCCUCAACUUCCACCCCGUAUUCCGCACAGCCGCCCUCGGCCUCUCCGCCGUUCCAAAGCGGCAAUUCUCUAGCUCGCCUAUCAUCCGCGCUACGUACAACCAGGUCCGCCGCGGUAUCCGUACCGGACAGCGGGCUCGUCGGGGUGGAUCGCCUGCGCUGAAGGGUACGCCUGGUUUGAAGGGUGUUUGUCUUAAGACUGGUGUUACCAAGCCUAAGAAGCCUAACUCUGGCGAGAGGAAGGUUGCAAGAGUGCGGUUGAGUUCCGGGAAGGUUAUCACUGCUUAUAUCCCUGGUGAAGGCCACAAUAUCCAGCAACAUAGUGUUGUCCAGGUCCGUGGUGGACGUGCUCAGGAUUGUCCUGGUGUGAAGUAUACCCUUGUUCGUGGUGCGAUGGAUUUGGGUGGUGUUGGAAGCCGUAUGACGAGUCGCUCGAAGUACGGUGCGAAGAAGCCGAAGACCAACUAA